GAGUUGGAAAAGUGGAAAGCAAAUCAGCAUUUCUAUGAAAUUUUAAAACUUACCGAACGAGAUGUUUUCGACUAGACAAUCCAGCGCUAGUACAUGUAUUCAUAUUUUAAUGUUGGGAAAUGAAUCAACUGGAAUGGGGCCCACAACUUGUUUAUUCUCCUACCAACGUCCUCUUCCUGGCUCGUAUAAAUCUAGCAAGCGUACUUUUCCUGAGGUUCAGACGUGAACGAGCAAGUGUCCUAGUUCAUACAGAGAAUUUAAAAAUCAAAAUGAAUUUUUUUCUUCUUUUGGCGCUGUUUGUUCCUGCCGCUUUAGCAGCUCCUGUCUAUAAGACUGAAAUGUCUUUCACGUCCUUCCAGAAAAAUAUGGCUCACGAAGUGGAAGAUCGUAACAACCCGGCUCUCGUCAAUCAAAUCGCAACUUAUGCUUUUAUGGCCAAUCUAAUCUUUUUGGUUUACAAAUGGCGAAUUAUUUUUUGUGUGAUUGAUCCUACGACAUGCGGAUCUACUAAUAUUAAUACUACUAAUGUUCACAUGUACGAAACACUCGAAACCCCGCACAUACUCGCCGCUACUGAUAUGAUCAUGUCCAAUCUAAGCCCUCAAACUGUCGUUCCUUUUAGUUCGAUGGACUUGACCAGCGCUAAAAGUGAUACGCCUGUUAUUAAUGCACCAGCUGUACAGCAGAAUCCCUUUAGGUACUCUGAAUUGAAAGUUACAUCUCCUGUAACACAGACUCAGAUGACUACCCAGCACAACAUUGAAUUCCAAGGAGAUACGAUCAGAGGUCAGAACCCCUAUCAACCAUUUCCCGUCCAUACCUUUUCUCCAUAUUCAAAAUUCAGAUGGCCUACGUAUCCUAACUCUGCUACUAGGAUUCUUCACCCCUAUUUGGAUUUCUUUUUAUUUGACACGAUAAGUCCCCAUAUUCUGAAGUGAUCGCGAUACAAUUUUGUUCACCCGUUUUUCUCAACGUGUUACUAGAACAUUAUUGCUAGUGGGACUCUAUCCUCAGCAGCAAGCAGUACAUUUGGUUGUCUUUGUGGUUUUUAUCGGUCGUUAUCGGUUUCUAUUUAACAAGAUGCUGGCCAUCAGUGUAUAUUU